AUGGCUGCUCAACUGUUGCGCUUGUCGGAAGAAAAUUUAACUGAUGAUCUGUAUUUUGAAAUUAUUUCGUUUUUAGAAAUUUCCGAUGUUUUCAAUUUAUUGAUAACAAGCAAGAAAACAAGGCUUUGCCAAGCAGCAUUUCGAGAUCAUAACGUAUGGAAAUCAUUUUACGCGUCCACCGUAGAGCGCAUCGUCAAGUUGACAAAACGUUACACUCAAUAUUUACAAGUCACAAACAAUUAUCGUCAAUCAAUUCUUUCAUUAUUGAAUGAAAUCAAUGAACACGCAGAACAAAAUUCAAAGGAGCUCACUAAAAAACUUUUGGAGCUUCCCGAAGCAGCGUCCAUGAACUUCUAUCCCUUUAUCAAUCCUGAGGAAUUAUUGGACUUACCCCCGACAGUCCCUCAAAACAUCUCUCAUUCCAUGAAUGGUGGCUCUAUUUCUGUGGCAUUUCUAGGUCCUCAAAAUAUUGGAAAAACUUGUCUUUUCAUUACACUUCACACUCAGAGAUUUCCCGAAGAUUAUAUUCCAACUGUAAUGGAUGAUCACGAUGAAGUUAUUGGCUACCGUGGCAUGAAUGUGACUUUAUAUUGGAGAGAUACUAAGGAUGAUGACGGAUUCGAUAACAGAUUUAGACCAAGACAACUUGCCAUAUUGAGCAGUGAUGUAAUUUUUAUAUGCUUUGAUUGUUCAAAACCUCACACAUUAAUAGAUGAAACUCGAAAACUGGUGAUUGAGUGCAAUCAUCUUCGUCCAGGAGCUCCCAUUGUAUUAGUUUCAACAAAAAUUGAAUUACGUAAUGAUACAAGUACACUCCACUCUCUCAGAUACAAUAACACACACCCUCCUUGCAAGCCAAUCACUAAAGAACAGGGACUGUUGAUGGCAAAGAAAAUGGGUUGUUUCUCCUAUAUUGAAACGAGUGCUAAAUCUGGUAUUGGCUUAAAAGAAAUUCGUGUGGCCAUCAUUGAAGCGUAUAUGAGUUGGUUACAAAGACAAGAAGUCAUGAAAAAGAAAAAGUGCCAAAUUCAAUAG